AUUGGCCCUUCCAUCACCUUCCUCCUCAGGAGAUCUUAGUGGAGAUGAGUCUCUAACAGCAGGACAAGCAGUGCACUCUGACAGCAGUUGGUCCCCUGGUGCAGAGCUCUGGAGAACCAUGCUGGAGUUCGUUAAAGAUGUCCUGCACACCCUGAUCACCUUCAGCCCAAGGCAGUGGCUGAGGGAAUACUGCAAGCGGAAUGGGCUCUUGACGCUCUCCAUCAUGGCUGUCAUUUCUGGCUGUAUUCUGGGUUUCCUGUUAAGAGGUCUAAACCUCUCCGCACAGGCAAAGAUUUAUUUUUCUUUCCCGGGUGAACUGCUCAUGAGGAUGCUAAAAAUGCUUAUUCUUCCACUGAUCACAACCAGUCUUAUGACAGGUCUAUCUGCCAUGGACUCCAAGACCAGUGGGCGAAUGGGUCUGCUCACUGUCACCUACUACCUCUGGACCACCUUCAUCGCUGUGAUUGUGGGCAUCACCCUCGUUCUUGCCAUUCAGCCUGGUAGUGGCACAGAAAAAGAAGGACACCGCCUAGGAACCGGGUCCGUUGUGACAUCUGCUGAUGCUCUGCUCGACUUGAUCAGAAACAUGAUUCCUGCAAAUCUGAUUGAGGCGACAUUUCAACAGUAUAAGACGGAUUUGGUGCCCCAGGUGAAAAACGCUAUACUGCCUUCACAACCCAACUUUGUGUACAUCAUGCCAGACCACAACAAUCCCAAACUUGGCCACCCAGUGUUUCUGGAACUGACCCCUGCCCCAGAGGUUAACUACAAGAUUGUCCCGGGCACCAGCAAGCAGAUGAACGUAUUGGGCAUUGUCAUUUUUUCAGCCACAAUGGGGUUGUUGCUGGGGAAGAUGGGGGAGAGAGGAGCUCCACUGGUCAACGUGUGUCAGUGCAUCAACGAAUGUGUCAUGAAGAUCAUUAACACCGCCAUGUGGUAUUUUCCCUUUGGCAUUGUGUUCCUGGUAGCUGGAAAGAUCCUAGACAUGCAUGAUCCUAGCACCAUUGGGGAGAAACUUGGAAUGUACACAGUAACUGUGCUGGUGGGGCUUUUUGUGCACGGCCUCAUUUUACUUCCACUCUUCUUCUUCAUUCUGACGCGAAAGAACCCCUUUUCGUACAUCCGUGGGCUCCUCCAGGCUCUGGUCAUUGCCCUGGCUACCUCUUCCAGCUCCGCCACCCUACCCAUCACGAUGAAGUGCUUGCUCGAGAACUGCCGAGUGGAGCGACGGAUUGCGCGUUUCGUACUGCCUGUGGGCGCCACCAUCAACAUGGACGGUACGGCCUUGUAUGAGGCCGUAGCAGCCAUUUUUAUUGCACAGGUCAAUGAGCACGAGCUGGACUUUGGGCAGCUGGUUACCAUUAGCAUUACAGCAACUGCGGCCAGCAUAGGUGCAGCAGGGAUCCCGCAGGCCGGCCUCGUAACCAUGGUGAUUGUCCUGACCUCGGUGGGUUUGCCACCUGAUGACAUUACCCUUAUUGUGGCCAUCGACUGGGUGCUGGAUCGAUUCCGAACCAUGAUAAACGUCUUAGGAGAUGCCUUGGCUGCUGGGAUAAUGGCUCACCUGUGUGGGAAGGAUUUUGCUCCUAAUUCUGGCAGGCGAGACACGGUGACGUCCUGUGGCAUCCAGAGUGUGGAGAGUGUGCCGAUGACCGAGGUGCCCCUCUUGGCCAACAAGGACUAUGUUUUCGAAGUGAUUGGAGAUACGGUGAUGGAGCGGCCUGCUGCCUACUACAAUAUUUGCCACGUCUGACUGUGGAGAGUUAAACACAGGAAGCAUUCUGCAAUGUGGGCUUCUUUCUAAUGUUCAAACAAAGGUGCCAUUAUGUGUUUUUUUUUUUCCUGAAAUAACUAUUAAUUUGCCUCAUUUCGUCUUACUCGGUCUUUUUGUGACUGGACAAUGUCCUUUGUUUUCACAAUAACUUGCUGGAAAGCAGAAGCUGAGGCCAAGGAUGGACUUCAAAGCUGGUGUUUUUUAAAUUCUAAAAUCUCUUGCUCUAACAGUAUCUUUUUACAUGUCUCAAGUUCAUACUAUAUAAUGCUUUGUCCAAUACUGGAAAAAUGUUUACUUUUAAAUACUGUAAAGUGCAUGCUGGCAUGCAUGUUGGCUUUGUAUGUGCAUUCAUAUGUUUGUAUUGAUUGCUCGUUUGAAAGUCAAGUAUCUUUUAAACUUAGAGAAACAUUUUAUUAUUGGUACACUCCAAAUCACUGCAACUCUGGCAAGGACAAAGUUUUUGUAAAGAAAAUGAAAAAGGGUAAUUAGGAACCACAUAAAUGUCAAAAAUAUUGACACUUUUUAGUUUUGCCUUAAACCAUUGCUAAAAUUGAGUACAACUGAGAAGUAACUUUGCUUCCUUAUGUGGAAGACCCAUGGUAAAGUGAGGAAUUUCUAAGGCAAUAAGCAAACCUUUUUCUCCCCCCACUAUUAAAAUCCACAAUGGACUGACAAUGCACACUUAUAGCUCACCUAUUUGCAGUCCAAGAAUAUUUCUAAAUCUGACCGGUUCUAUCUAUCUAAGACUUAGAUCACCGACAGCAUCAAAUACGACAUCUUGAAGUAUAAACAGGGAUAUAGAGCUGAAGAACACUGAACGGCUUUGUCUUUUAACUGCCACAAAUGCUUACAAUGAUAAUUUACAGCAACCUUAGCACUGCUCCAAACACUUACUAGCACAAACUAGCUUAGGGCCUGGAGACUGAGAUGGUUCAUGUAUAGCCUUAGGGUCAGAGAUGCAUUGUGACGUGACAAUAUAACGAUGCAUUGACUGCUGGAGUUUCGCUGGGAAGGAUGCUACAAAGAAGGGGGGGGGGAUCUUAGAUGAAGCUCUGCACUAACUUUUCAUAUAAAAGAUAAAGAGUUCAAUAGUCACGAAUAAAUAGACGUUUACAUGUUUACUGCAACAGAUUUUAUGCAUAUUUACAUUUAAAUUUGUUUACAAAUGCAUUGCUUUAUUCAUGUGUCUUUUCCAAUAAAGCGUAAAAAGUCUAUCUACUUGCAUCUUAUCUGUACAAUUUUAAGUGACGUAACAAACCUUUUUUUUUUUUUUUUUCCCCCUUUCUUAAAUCCUUUCAUACAAUACUCCCCUCUCCCCUCCCUCCCACAGACUCAAACUUACCCUUGUUCUCAAAAACCCUAGAAAUUCAUUGAUUUCCCAACUGGGAUCUCAAAACAAAGUAAACAAAAAAUAGAACAGAUUGUUUCUUCUGUUCAGGUUGGGGGCGACUGACUUUGCAACACAUUCAGUACAAGGUUUAACAGGCCUCACCCUCAAACAAAGAGGAAGAGAGUUAUCUAAAUUUAAAUAUUUGUGUAACCAUAUACCCAUACUGUUCAAAACCUUUUCAGAUUCCCAAAGUAAUAUAAGAACAAAUGCUGGGAAACAGGAGAUAUUCCCAAUCCAAAAAAAUUUUCAAUCCAAUUAAUUAAAUUAACAAAUUAGAAAAGACUAAUUAAUUGCUUAAAGGCUAAAUGUGUAAACCUGCAAAGUUGAGUAAAAAGACAAAAAGUAAUUACUUGGGGACAUGAAAAUGUACAAUGUAAGAAGAAGAAAAAAAACAUUCAAUACCAACAAAAACAUUUUUGGGGAGAGAGAGAAAAAAAAAAAAAAAAAAAAAAAACAAAUCUCAAUAGUUCAGAUGACAUCUGCUUAAUCCAGUUUUCUUUAAAUUAUACCAAGGUUGUCAACUGAUUUCUCAUUUGUGAACAGACUCUCAAGAAUGAGAGAAAUUGACUGUCAGUGGAAAUUCAAAUACACUAAAGACAAUUGUUUCAACCAAUCAAUCUACUAAUGCAACUAUUCAGAUUUUAGAAAAAACACUUAUGCAAAAGUAAAUUUUAUCAUCAAAUUCCAGUUUAGUAAAAAAUCUUGGGCAUGACAUUCUAUCUUACCCCCUCCCCACACACUUUUGAGAACUAGUUUUAAUCAGGACUCUGCUUUUUGGUAUUAUUUACAUUUAGUUUCUAAGAUGGGGGGGGGGGACUCAGACAAAAAAAAAUUAUGUAACUACUUCAUUUUUAAACUUUGUGGAGCAGUUCUGCUUAAAAUGUCAAAGCACAAAUGAUGCUUUCUCGCUAGGAAAUUCUAAAGAAAAAGUCUACUGAAGGAAAGUAGGGUUUUCAAUAAUAGCUACCCUUGAAUUCCUCAACUGGAGAAGAAGAAUUUCAAAUGUGUGAUCAAAAAAAGAUGCAUGAAAUGAACUGCAUAGAGCUGUAGCAAUAAAAUGAAAUACACAUUUACUAACUUUUUCCAGAAAAUAAUUUGGUCCAAAAGUAAAACUUAAACUGUAAAAAAGUAAACAAAUUUAGAUCAAUUUAAAUGAACUACAUGUGACUGGAAAAUAAAUGAAGCCAGAAGCUAAACUCAUUCCUGACUCAAAACCUUUCACAACCCAGCAGCUACAAGCCAUUCCUUUAUAUCCAAUUUUAUAAAAUGACUAAGUACAAAACAUCUCAUCAAGAAAGCUCAUCAAAAACAAAAAGUUAAAC